AUGUGGAGCCAUUGGCAGUUGAAAUUGGAUAGUGAUGAUGAUGAAGAUGAUGAGAAUGAUGAUGAGAAUAAUGAUGAGAGUGACGAUGAAGAAGAUGUUAAGGAUGUUGACAUUGAUGCAAGAGAUGAAGAACAGAAUGUUGAAGGAGAUGAUGAUGAUGAUGAUGAUGAUGAUUGGCUAAAUGAAGGCCUAGAGGGGGAUGGCUUUGGUGAUGAUGUAUUUGCUGCUCAAAACUCAGCUCCACAAGUACCUGAGCAAGUAGAGUUUAAUGCUAAGAGUGACAUGAGAAUUGUUGUACUGAAGAAGGAGAUGAAGUUCCCUAAUGCAAAGGUGUUCAGAGCUGCUUUGAGGGAGUAUGCAAUCAAAAAACCUAUUGACAUCAAAUUCAAGCUUAAUGAGAAGACCAAGAUAUCAGUUCACUGCAAGAAUGGGUGUGGGUGGAGAUGUUAUGCAUCUCAAAUAAGUGGAGAGCUAACAUUUCAAAUUAAGACCUUGACUGAUGACUGUACUUGUCCCAAGUCUUUCAAAAACAGCCAAGCAACAUCAGCUUAUGUUGCUAAGAGGUUCAUUGAGGAUUUUAGCAAAAAUCCAAAUUGGGAGGUGAGUGGUGUACACAACCUUGUGAUGCAAAAUUUAUCUGUUGACCUAAGUGUAAACCAAGUGUAUAGGUCAAAGAGAAAGGCAAAGGAUUUGAUAAAUGCAGAUGAGCAACUGCAAUAUGGUGUCCUUAGGGACUAUGCACAAAUGAUAACCAUUGUAGACAAGGGGAGUAGGGUUAUACUGCAGACAGAAAUGGCUGAGGAGACUUCCCAGCCAAAAUUUAAGAGGAUGUAUGUUAGGUUCAAUGCUCAGAAGGUAGGAUUUUUAGGUGGAUGCAGGCCAUUUAUAGGUUUAGAUGGUUGUCACAUAAAGCACAGAUUUGGUGGGCAAAUCUUAUCUGCCACUGCCAAGGAUGCAAAUGACAACAUUUUUCCAUUUUUGGAAAUUUUUGCUGAUGAUAUAGGGAGGCCAGACGAGCUUCAGUUGGUCUUCAUUUCUGCUAGGCAAAAGGGGCUUAUACCUGCAAUAGAGACACUAUUCCCUACCGUGGAGCAUAGAUACUGUGUGAAACACAUCUACAACAAUUUCAAAGUUGAUCACAAGGGAUUGGGGCUGAAGGAUGCAUUGUGGAGGUGUGCUGCUGCCACAACAGUAAGGGAGUUUGAGAGAUGCAUGCAGUACAUAAGAGAUUUGGAUGAAAAGGCAUAUGAGUAUCUUGCAAACAUUGCACCUGCACAGUGGACAAGGUCACACUUUACUCCUAGGGCCUUAACAGAUUGUUUGGUAAAUAAUUUGAGUGAGUCUUUUAAUGCAAUGAUAUUGAAGUCUAGGGACAAGCCUAUCUUGGCAAUGUUGGAGUGGAUUAGGGUUAGACUUAUGACUAGGCUUUACACAAAAAGGGAAGGGAUACAGAAGUAUGCUGGAAAGUUGUGUCCAAGCAUACAAGAUAGGUUGGAGAAAUUGAAGGUUGAAAGUAAGGCAUUUAGUGCUACCCCAGCUGGUAGUUUCCUUUAUGAGGUAGGCAGUCAGUAUGAGAGGCAUGUAGUUGAUUUGGUGAAGAAGACAUGUAGCUGUAGGUCUUGGGAUUUAAAUGGAAUUCCCUGCAAACAUGCCAUAACAGCCAUUUAUACAAACAUUGAGACACCAGAAGACUAUACCCACCCAUGCUACUUCAAAGAAACUUACAUGGAGAUAUACAAGGAGGUACUUCCUCCCAUGCCUGGCCAGUCAGAAUGGGCUGAGACUGGACAGCCUGCUCUCUUGGCACCUCACAUAUACAAACCACCAGGCAGACCACCCAAGCAAAGAAAGAGGGCUUCUGAUGAGCCUAGGAACCCUUACAAAGCAAGUAGAUAG